CUCCCUAAAAGAGUGUAAGGCGAAAGGCUCAAAACCCGUUUCAACGUUAAAGCUCGGGAUAUCUUCUCUCAUGGCGUCUAGAUGUCGAUCGAUCUCAAGACCUGCUCAAAACUUCCUGAAAUCGGCCAUGAAUAAACCCAGCGGCAAAUCCAUUCCGUCAACGCGAAGUCGUCUCUUGUCUCCUACCUUUCCAAGGUUACCUUCUGAGAUGGGUGGUGUCCUAUCUCUUCUCCCCUUUCACAGCGCAGUUUCUUCGGCUCGUCUCACAUCGUGUCUCGGCAUGGACUUGAGUUGUAGAUCCCGGUCUCAGGGUAUGCUCUGCCGUGCAAAUCCUGGAGUUUGAUCUCCAUUUUUAUCUUCGUAUGUGUAAGCAACUUUUUUCUCUGAUUAUUAUUUGUUGUCUUCUUACAUUAAUUUUUUCCUUUUAAAUAAGAACAGAAAUGAUAGCAACUUGAGAAAAUUAGAUGAACAAGGCACCAGGGGGCAGAUACUCGACAGAAUUACCCCAAGAGAGACCCCCCAUAUACAAAAAUCCAUAACCCAAACACUAAAACGGUAUCAUCCAUGGACAUCUGAAGCUACAGAAGCCAUAUACAGAGUAGAAACCAGACCCAGUUCUGAAAUUCUAGAACCUGAGCAUAAUUAGUCGUGUAAAAUGCCUCUGAGAAUAAAAUUUGACUUGGAGACCUGUCAAUCACUCCACUUUCUUUUCAUCCUCAAGAAUGCUGUUUCUGUCUUUCCAAAGUGCGUAAACCACAAGGAAAGGAACAAUAUUCCACAGAAUCUUCCCUUAGCAAUGAAAUUUCAGACCUACCAUUCAGAGAUCAGAAGUUAAAUCUCCAGUGGCACCUUCAACUCUAGCUGCGAUAGUUGAACAAAAUCUAUCAACUCAUUUACAUCAUAAAUAAACAAAUAAAUAGCUGAUUCCUGGUUGGAUUCACAGAAAGCACCACCUCGUAGCUUACUAUACACCCGUUGAAGUGCACCUGCAUGAAGACCUCAGUCCUUGGUGGAACCUUCUUCCACUAGGCUUUUCUGAGAUCCUAAUGCAACCUAUCUGGAGGCUUCAUGUCAUAAUAAUAAGCUUUAACAGAAGAAGGCCCGUUAGAAUAGAAAUUCCAUUUUCUUUGGUUUUCCCAAUUCUCUAUGAUCCAGGACAGAUUUGGAAAUCUAAUACAGGUCUUCCUUUGCUGUCCCACUGCCACCUUUCUGUUAAUUGAUGAAUCCCUAUUAUGUUUGCGAUAUAAAAAAGUGGGAAAAUUGGGACUGGUAGAAAAAUUUUAGGGGAGAGGAAGAGGGUGGUAGCAGAAGAGGGAAGAGAGAGGGGGCUUGGCUUCACACCAUCUUGGAUUCACUCCAAGGUUUGCAGGAAUCACUCAUACUGCAGAGAGUGGAAGAAAUCUCCAAGUGUCAACAUAAUCUUUCCUUGUUUUCCAUUUCGAAAUACAACCUUUUAAACCCAAAUUGAAAUAAAUAAAUAAACCUCCCUAAUAGCUAUUUUUCCCGAAACAACUACUCCCUAAUAACUAUAUUUUGUGGCAACUCCCUAAUAACUUCCG